AUGACUGCUCUUCGCUCAUUUGUCUUAUUAGCAGCAUUCUAUACCCUUACGACCUCUGCUUCCCUAAUUCCUAAUCAGCCUAGAGCCCCUACCCCAACUACACAUGCCCACACGCACGCGCACCGUAACGUCGACAAACGACUUCCGAGCACUUGGUACCAUCGCGAGGACCACCCUGCUCAUGCUCUCUUCCGACGACAGGGACAAGAGACUACGGACGGCAUUCAAUACGCCGAAGUAGGCUCUCCAACAUGGUCUGCUGCAUUCCCGUCGUGGUCCCCCGACCCAGAUAAUCUCCCUCAACCGUGGGUCGAUGCGCUCAACGCCGCCGUCUCCGCCGGCACGAUCCCCAACCUUCCCCAGUCCACCAUGGGUUCCGACGGGAACCCAUACUACCCUGACAACCUCGACCCUACCUCCGCAGAUGUAUGUUCGGGCACAUACCAAUGCAGGAUCGACGGGGACGUCUGGGACGCUCCAGACGGUGUCGCCGGAGCCGCAUUCGACGAUGGUCCGCUACCUCCCUCCACAGACCUGUACAAUUUCCUCCAACAGAAUGGCGUGCACGCGACGCACUUUAUGAUUGGUGUCAAUAUCAUCAGCUACUGGAACCAAUUUUUGCAGGCCUUCCAGACCAACCAAGGCAUCAACGAACAGGUCAUCGGCGAGCUCGGAUGGACGAUGCAGCUCAUCCACAACUCAACCGGCGGCCGCCUGCCGCGCUUCUGGAGGCCGCCGUACGGAGACACGGACGUGCGCGUGCACGCGAUUGCGAAGGAGGUCUUCGGACUCACCACUAUUCUCUGGAACCAGGACACGGCAGACUGGUCCAUCGGCGAGGAUGGAGGAACCGACCUCGCGACCGUAGAAUCGAACCUCGAGCAGUGGUACAGCGGCCCGAAGAGCCCCGGUCUCAUCAUCCUCGAGCACGAGCUGAGCAAUGACUCCGUGCAGGCGUACAUCAACGCGUUCCCACUCAUCGGCCAGAAUGGCUGGAACAUCGUCAGCGUCGCGCGAUUGGACGGCGGGGACGCGUGGCAGAACGUCGUGGGUGACACCCAGGGUAGCGAUGACGCCGGCGGGCCCAGCGACGAGGGCACGGUCGAAGCGGCCGGCGGUUGGGCGCUCGCGUGGGCGGGCAAUGGGGGAGGGGCGAACGCGAAAUUGAAUGUGGCGAAUGCUUCCAGCUCCACGAGCGCGAGCGCAACGAUUUCGGGAGGAACGUUGCGUGCGGUGAGCACGUCGAGCGCACCAUCAUCAAGCGCUGUGACGAGCAGCACGCACUCGGCGUCGUCGUCGGUAUCGCCGUCGGCUGGAAGCGCGCAGAAGAGCGCGGCGGAGGUGCGCUAUGCUCUGCCGUGGGCGCACGCGGGGAUCGCGACAGGCCUGGCCGUCGCCCUCGCCCUGGUAUCUCUCGCAUGA